GAGGGCGAAAGUGCCACUGGAGAUAAUUGAUUACCUACCAAUCAAUGAUAACUUGUUAGUGAUCGUCAACCUUUUGGACCUCGUCAUUUUCAGGGAGGCAUCUCACUCCUGCGGACUCGCUGCUCCGGAGGAUCGAGACUCUGAAGACUCCCCAUUUUGGAAUAAGAUUUUCUUUUCUUCAUUCUCUCCACGGUGUCUUUCUCGUUGCUGUAUUUUUUUUACAUCCCAAACUGUUAUGUGACUUUUCCCCCCCUCAAUAGUAUCGCUCGUUUUUAACCGACGCAUAUUUCAACGAAGUCCUUCACAAACUCUGCGCACAACCAAUGAUGACAUCCAAAGAAGUGGCCAAAUGUGAUGCAGUGGAGAACAGGAGGCGAAGUCCACUGGACCACUUGCCGCCUCCUGCCAACUCCAACAAGCCCCUGACCCCCUUCAGCAUCGAGGAUAUCCUCAACAAACCGUCCGUGAAACGAAGUUACACGAUUUGUGGAACCGCUCAUCUAAUUUCGUCCUCCGAGAAGCACCGUCCGUCCAGCAUCCCUCUGUCCAGCCGGGCUCUCCUCAACCAAACCUCCCCGCUCUGCGCCUUAGAGGAGCUGGCCAGCAAGACGUUCAAGGGGCUGGAAGUCAGCGUUUUACAGGCUGCAGAAGGCCGGGACGGGAUGACUCUGUUCGGCCAGAGAAGCACCCCGAAGAAGCGUCGGAAGUCCCGGACGGCCUUCACCAACCACCAAAUCUACGAGCUAGAGAAGCGCUUCCUGUACCAGAAGUACCUGUCCCCGGCCGACCGGGACCAGAUAGCGCAGCAGCUGGGCCUGACGAACGCGCAGGUCAUCACGUGGUUUCAGAACCGGAGGGCUAAACUAAAACGGGAUCUGGAGGAGAUGAAGGCCGACGUGGAGUCGGCCAAGGCCAUCGGCCAGGUACCCUUGGAGAAGCUCGCCAAGCUGGCGGACCUGGAGAAAUGUGCGAACGGCACGCUGGGCCACCCACGAGCCGAGUCCCCCGCGCGGGGCGGCCAGCAGGAGCUCGAGCUCGUUCAGAAACUGCGGGACUCGCCGCUGUCUCCGUUCUCGGACCACACGACCAGUAAGGAGUGCUCAGAGGACGACGACGUGGAGAUUGACGUGGAUGACUGAUGGCGCAGCGUGCGGCUCGACGGUGGAGAAACGCGGAGAGACGAUGAAAAUAAAUCCUACCCGAGGACUUGUAACUUACUGCUUAUAUUGUAUACCAUAUCUCAGAACAUGUACCAAAAUGUAAUUACUUUUUUAUUGACGCAGACAGAGCUAUUCACCGUGAAGCAUGAACACACAACAAGAAAUAUGCAGUGGUAUUUUACAAUGUAUCCAUUAGAAAACUGUUACUUCUUGCAAUCGAAGCAAUAUGGUCUGUAAUGACAUGAGUAACUUGUUAUUUUUUUACACUAUAGGCCCACACACACACACACACACACACACACACACACACACACACACACACACACACACACACACACACACACACACACCUGUUCUAAUCGCUUUUGCUAAGGCCUAUUUCCUCAAACACCAGAAUGAAAGAGCUCCAGUUUGUCAUAUUUUUGCAUGUAAGUGCAUGAUUUGAUUUGUGAUCAUAUAUAUUUAUUUUAACUUCUUUUUUUUUUAUUUAAUCGUUUUGUGUUUUGUGUGAGCCAAAUCGCAAUUGAGUCACCUUUUUACUGCCGGUUCUUCCUCAUCUCCUCCUCCUCCUCCUCCUCCUCAUCUCACUGGACACCUUGACUUCUGUUCAUAUCUGACGUCCCGAUGCUGCAGUGCAUGAUGAUGAUGAUGAUGAUGAUGUUGAUGAUUAUAUUUGGGAAGGCAAACUCGGACAUUCCCUGUUAUGCGUUUAAUGGGAAUGCUCACGCGACGGCGAGAAACAAAAAAUAAUAUUGCGGUGAUUUUGACAAGCUAUAUGCUACUUUUUAGAUUUAUUGUUUGGAUACAAUAGAUUUACAGUUAUAAAUUUGUUAUGUUUUGUACACCUGUAAGUGCCUUUCUAAAAUCAGGACAUUAUUUGAAAAACCAAUGCACAGACUGUAAUGUAUAUAGGCUAUACUAUGGGAAUAAAAUGGCUUUUCUGAAUAUA